GCAAGAUCAAGAUCUUUCGCCGGCUCACCGCCGGAUUCCUCCCGGCUAAGAAUCGACCUCCGAUCACGACCGUGUUGAUACGAUGGAGAAGGCUUCUGGCUCUCCGUCAUCCCCAGCAUCUCUAAGGUGGGAGAUCCUUCGCCGUUCGUUCCUCUCUCGCUCUUCUCCCGAACCCGGAGGAGACCUUCUGUUGCUUUCAAGAAUCGAGGCAUAUUGUGCUUUGGUUGAAUCGGUCCGAGUAACCCCUAAUAGCGCACCAGCAAUAGCAUCAACUUGCAAGCACAGCUUCUAGUUAUUGGUAAAUCGAGCCUGCCUGCUUCACCAUGAACCCUGAUUUCGGGGAUGCUUUCAAUUUCUUGCAGAGGAAGCUAGACUCGCGUGGAUGAAUCGAAAAGAAAAGCUUAUUGUGAAAAGACAACAUCUUUCUCGUUAACUCUUUGAUGUAUUUAAGAGAUUAAAUAUUCCAUAUAAAAAGCGCUCCUUAUUUCAUGAUAGAAGGUUUUUUUUUUCCUAAAAAAAAUUGCCUGCUAUAACAAGUCAACAAUUUUUAGGGGCAAAAAAAAAGAGAGAAAAAAAAGUAUGCAAAUGUUAAUAACAGCUGGUAAAACGAUAUAUAUGGUUAUUGAGCUUCUGAUGACCCGAUAAUGGUGGGAAUAUUGGAGGUUAGAAUUAUUGCCCUAGUGCUGGCCCUGCUUACAUGUUAUGGUUUGCAGAUCAUGCAUCUCAAAAGAGCACCAAAAUCGUAUCCAGAAAGGCAGCUGGUGGCUUUAAAUUGAUCUCGUGUCACCCACUAAGGGGCCAUUUAUCAGAAGACUUGGGCACUUCACCCAGAACAAAAGAUCUAGCUGGUCACAGAGAUGUGUGCAUUUGUUACAAGUUGCCAGUGGCAAGUGUUCCAAAUCUUACUUUAGUGUUCAAAAUACCACAAGCUGGCCCCACCUCAACUGAUGGUCGAUGUGGGAUAUCUUAUCCUUUUGCCAUGCUGACAAAGUGUAUUGACCGGUACACUUGCCAAAGAAUGGAAGACUGCAUUGACCUAAAUGAUUUUCAGAUCUCUACGGGAUAUAGCAUUGACACAACAGGGCUUGUAUGUUGUUGGCCGUCAGAAGAUGUCCUUGCUUAUUUCUGUAUAAGCCACCUAGACAUGUUCAGGUCCAAAAGAGUACUUGAACUUGGAUCAGGCUAUGGAUUAGCUGGAUUGGCUAUUGCAGCAAGCUCAGAUGCUUGUGAGGUAGUAAUUUCUGAUGGAAAUCCACAGGUUGUUGAUUAUAUUCAGCGUAACAUAAGUGUCAAUGCUGGAGCUUUUGGGAAUACAAAAGUGAAAUCAAUGACAUUGCACUGGAAUGAAGAGCCAGCUUCAGAUAUAUUGAAUUCCUUUGAUAUUAUUGUUGCAAGUGACUGUACUUUCUUUAAGGAAUUCCAUGAAAGCCUUGCUCGUAUAGUCAAAUCCUUGUUGAAAUAUUCAGAGGGCUCUGAAGCUAUUUUUCUCAGCCCUAAGAGAGGUGAUUCACUGGACAAGUUUUUAGAAAAUAUCAUGGAGGCUGGCUUGCAAUAUGAAUUAGUUGAGAAAUAUGACAGCCGAGUGUGGAAUCUUCAUCAGAAUUUCCUAGAAGGUAGAGACACCUCGUGGCCCAACUAUCUCAAAGAUCACUGCUACCCUUUGUUGGUAAAGAUCACUCAUCAUGAACCUGAACAACCCUGUCAUCUCUCGUUGUAAUGUCAUUUCGAACGUCAAUGCAAGGUCUGCAAAGGAAGUUGUGUUCAUGAUUUUGACUUUUAUUAAUCAGAACAAGUAUAUAGAAAUUAAGAUUUUUUUUUUGUGCAGUUGCUGGGCUCCUUAUUGUCAUUCUUAUUCUUGACAUGCUUCAUGGUUAAGAUCAAUCAUCAAUGGGUAAAAUUAUUAAUCA